AUGGCGAGGACAAUGAAGGGCUUUAUUCCUGCUCCGAAGGGGCGAGUACGUACAACAGUUGGACACAAGUAUUUGGAGGCGUUGCAGUCGAAAGUUAAUGCAGACUCCGAUACGUCGAGCUCGCCGUCGCCAUCUGGAGAGGAAGGCCCGGGACUGAGCUUACUGGUUCUUGGAGUAACGUCUGGAACGACGAUGCAUGACAUUGACUUUGCUCUAUGUCGAUUUACACAAGAUUCACCUGAGGCCCCGCUAUGUCUGGAUAUCAUUCAGUAUGAUUCUGUUAUUAUGCCCUCAAAGAUCCGAGCCGAUAUUCUGUCUAUGCUUCGAGAAGAUGCAGCUCCGCCGAGUAUGCUCUCACAAAUGGAUGCCGAGAUGGGCCAUACUUUCGCAGAUGCAAUCCAUAUAUUCGCACACAAGCACGGAAUCUCAGUGGAUGAUAUAGACUUGAUUGGUUCUGGAGGACAGUUGAUUACAUUGACUGGAUCCCCACCCCAAGGACAGCAUCGGUCGAACAUGUGCCUAGGAGAAGGGGCUGUGAUAUCGGCAAAGACGGGAGUUACAACAGUUUCGGAUUAUCGUACAGCAGAGCAAGCAGUCGGAAGACAAGGCGCUCCUCUAUUUGCAUAUCUUGUUGGGUUACUCCUUCAUCAUCCUUUAAGGAUGCAGAUAUGUAUCACUAUCGGUGGCAUCACAACUGUUUGUUUCAUUCCCGCCGACAACAAAGGCGGGAUAGAUGCGAUGUACGAUUGGGAUACUGGGCCAGGAACUUCGAUGAUCGAUGCUGCAUUCCGACGAUUUGGAUUCGAUCCAGCAGAAGACCAUGGCUCUUAUUUACUUCAUGGGAAUAUCUGUCAGGAAGUAGUGGAAGAGCUGAUCAACAACGAUAAGUAUCUGAGCACUCGCCCACCAAAAACAACAGCAAGGGAGAUUUAUGGCGAUGCUAUGGCCAACCAAAUAGUUGACAUGUGUGCCACACGUGGCUGUACACCAGCGGAUACAAUUGCAACCUUGACCCGCUUCACAUCAGCAAGCAUAGCUCAUCAAAUGCUAGAAUAUGGACCCGGACGAGAUGCAAUAAAUAAUGCCGAUAUCGUGGUUGAUGGUCGCGGAAUGUUCAACGUGCAGCUCAUCCAAGAUCUACAGACUGAAUUCCCAGGUGCAAGAUUUGGCUCUUUUGAUAAAACGGGCGUACCUUGCAAUGCGAAGAAAGCUGUUGGGUUUGCAAUGCAGGCCAUGGAGGCCCUACUCGGUAGAGCUCUCCCUGUGCCUACCAAUGCGAAUGUCAGGAGACCGAACACUAUCACUGGCAAGCUUGCCCCAGGCUUGAGAUGGAGGGAAGUCAUUGAGAAAAGUGUGGUCUUUGGAGGAGCUGGGAGAGGAUGGGAAGGCUUGCCUGAAGUACGGGAGUUGAUUGUGAAGCAGAAGGAUUAG